ACAAUAGGACUGCCAGGUGCCUCAAAUUGAUUGGCCACAGAGUUAGAGUAUUCGCAAACGUUAAGAAAAAAAUAUAGGAUUUCUGUUAGCCCCAAGACAAAAGUCUUGUCGUUAUCCCAUGUUUUGUUAGAAAACUGUUUAAUUGUUGAACAAAGUUACCUUAAAAGAAAGUUGAAGCAACUGUAAAACACAAUAAACGAUUUUUCUUUUAAUUCGAAACUCUGAAGGCUGUGCCCAUUGUCAUUUUCCUUUUGUCAACAUAGUGUCUUGUCGGCCGAUACUUUGUUGUUGCAGUUGUUAUUGUAUUAGAGGAAUACAUUUUGGGGCGAAAGUGAGGCUUUUAUGCCACCGAUUGGUUGACUCCCACCAAAUUUUGUGGGGUUCACAUCAAAAGUACAACAUCAUCGUAACUAACGUAGAAAAAAAAGCAUAAAAAUUCUAUGUAAACAUGAGUAUUGACUCGACCGCUUUACCUUCGGAGCUUUUAGUGGCCCCACAGCCUCUUAUUGGUUUGUGUGGUCUUGAUGUGAACCGCAAUGCAGUACAUAAAACCAUAUGGGAUGCAUUCAGCAGUAAUCGCAAGGCUGAAAGAGCCUCUGUUCAAUUCAAACUGCUUCCAAAUAAUUAUGACUUUCCAGUGGCCAAACCGAAAAGAAAUUCCUAUGAAUGGUAUCAUCCCAAGGGAAUUCUUAAACGAAAUUGGAUGUUAAAACACCUACACGUUCUUCCAGCAGUGGUUGUUCUCUUUCAAGAUAUCGAAUGGAAUGAUGCUCAAUGGACCGAAAAACAGUUGCAAUGUGCUGCUCUUUUACAGGGCUUAAAAAAUGCCUUGCAGGAACGCAAUACCCGCAUAUGUUUGGUGCUUUUACAGGAGUCGCCGCCUCUACCGCCAGGCGAGGACAUGUUAGCCUCAGAGAGGGCUGCCAGCCUUACCACAGCAUGUGGUAUCAAUAGCAAAAUGUUGUUUAUCUUGGCCCAUACAGAACAUUUAGUGGGUUAUGUAUUACGCCUUGAAUCAGCUUUUGUGGACAUGGCUCAGUCUUAUUACACCUUGAUGUCUAAACGUAUACGCACCCAUAGAGACCAACUGACGGCAGCCCAUACCACUUUAAAAAUAAGACAUCAGUUUAAAUUGGGAUUCGUAGCAGAAAUUCGUCAGGAUUUUAGCACAGCGUUGAAACAUUAUACACAAUCGUACACAACGUUGGAUGAGCUACGCAUUAACGAUGGAAAUAAUUUAGAAAUUAAAACUGUGGCUGGUUUCUUAAAUUAUAAAAUUUGCCGUUUGAUGUUCAAACUGAAAGUGCCCAGAGAUUCGAUAAACCAUUUCAUAAGUCACAUUGAUAAGUAUAAAAAUCGUGUGGGUUUCAAAGAUUUACUAUUCGAGCAUUAUGCAUGGUUAAGUACGCAACAUUUUGUUUUUGCCGAACUAUUUUGUGAAGCUAUUAAAAAUGGUUUGCCAGCCUUGCAAACACAACACCCUGGCAUUUACUUUCAUAAAGCUGCUGAAUAUAUACAAAAGCGAAAAGAAGCAUUUCAACAAAGCAAUGGUCCUUCGACGCCUACAGAGUCACCACCACCAACUAAUUUUAAUGGCCAAAGCAAUAACAUAACCUCGCUUUAUACCGAAUAUUUCGGCAUAAGAUCUAUGAAGUCUGGGGAACCUCUUUCGGAGCAACAAAUUAAUGCUCUCAUAAGAGAAAACGAAAAACUUUACAAUCAUUCGAGUUCCAUUAUCAAUCUGCUAAGUUUGGCUAUGGCUCAAUUUAAAAUAUACAAGUGUUUAAGGUUCCGCAAAAAAUUGGCCAUUGACAUGGCCGAUGAGUACUUUAAGAGUGGUGAUCAUAGCAAAGCCUUAACCUUAUAUUCCUUAAUGUUACCCGAUUAUCGACAAGACAAAUGGUGUUCUUUAUUUUCGGAUGUUUUGCUGAAGACCAUGAAAUGUGCUCUGCUCUCAGGUUCAGUGGGUGAUUUUAUAUCCUGCAGUCUAGAAGCCUUAUCAUGCAAGAUCAAAUACACACCCAAUGAACGCAUAAUGGUCUUGGAGAAUCUAUGGAAAGUUUUACAUGGUGAAGCACCAGUGCCUCAAAAUCAAAAUGCUCCAGAAGUGCGAACGCUGUGGGAGGAGUCAUUGAAAAAAGUCAAGAGUCCCCUACCCAUAGAUCUGGACAAAUUAACUGAACUUUUGGAAAUUUGUACAACAUUUGAGAAAAUCGAGAUUAAAAACGAUGAUAUCAUCAAAUUGAAUGUAAUUUUAAGGCUACAAACUGAUGUUCCCAUUAAAAUUCGUAACCUUCAAGUAAUAAUCACCGAUGGCAGCAACAACUAUAAGCUGCAGCCUACACAAUAUGCAAAAUACUUUGAUCUUGUGGCUUUGCGUAAACACAACGAUCCAGCGACCAAUGCCUAUCAGCCCUAUGAGGCAAAUCUUAAAUUGGAACCAACGUUCUACCACAGCUUCCUGUUUACCACAGAGGCUCAACAAUUCUUGGAAAAUACUCAAUUGCGUGUGGUGCGCAUAGAAACAUUUGUGGGGACGGAUAACUUCUCGAUGCAAUUGUGCAAAAGUGCACCGUAUACGAACAAUGCCUUCCGCUACCACAAUCGGAAUCGUGAUUUAGAUGAUAAUAUCAUAAUUAAUCCAAUUUGUUAUAUUGCUCCGACAUUCCAUUUAGUCACGCAAUGCAAUCUCGGCACCGAAACAAUGCUGGUGAAUGAAUACUAUAUGGCGACAAUAACCAUUACCAAUCCCUAUAAUGUGUUUGUAACGGGUAUAGCUUUGAGCAUUAGUGUGCCAAAUAACUUAAAAAAUAAAGUUUUCCUCACCACAGAUGUAUCGCCGAGCAAACAAAAACUUCACUCGAUAAUUCACAUGGACAUCGGAGAGCUGGCCAUGCAAAGUUCCAAUUCAGUAUCGUUUUAUGUCCUAAGUCUAGUGGAGACUUCUAUAACGUUACAGCAAAGACUAUUCUACACCACAGAUGUACUCAGGCCAAAGGUGACCACGGCCAUAAUUGUCAAUGAAACGACGACGCCCAACAGUACGGACGUAUCGCCAGAGGGAACUCCGUCUGCGGCGAAAUCUCUUACCUCUAACAAUAGUAACAAUUUAGCACCUUCGAUUCCAACACCAAUACCUCUGAUAACGCCUGUCCAAUUGGAAUUCAUCGAUGAAAAUAGUUUACGCAAAACCCAAGAUACUACGUUAAGUGUAAAAUGUGAACCGGAAUUUAAAUUUCAUGGGCGUUUCUACACUUUGAACCGCAAACCAUUGACAAAAAUUUAUCGUGGCGAAAAUUUCUUAUUCCGAGCGGGUGUUGAAGUUCAAAGUGAUGUCGCUUUGGAUAUAUUGGAAACUUUUUUUAUAUGUGAUCAUAAUUUAGUGCAAUCAACUUAUAGUUUUAAACGAAAGAAAUUUACCAACACCUAUGCCAAGGGUGAGAAGUUGGAAGAUGUUAUAGUAUUGCGCACCAAUGACACUACAGACGAAUGGUUAUCGGCCAAGGACUAUGAACGCAACAAAACGAACGACAUGCAACAGCCCAGUAUUUUCAAACGUUUAAGAAACUCCCGCAAACAUCUGCAGCAAAACGACUUAACCACAACGCCAAGCAAUAACUUGGCCAGUGCGACAAUGACGAAAAGUUUGCUGGGAAAACUGAAUACAAAUAUGACAAUAAUCAAUAACACUACCUCCACGAAUGCUCUUAUGAUGUCCAGCCAGAAUUCCAAUAUGAGCUCAUCCACCAUAUCGGAUGAUGGCAAAACAAUGGCACCCGGAUCUGUGAAUAACAAUAACGUGGAUGAGAAUGGUCAGGCGCAGGCGCCCAAACAGAUCCUCAACUCACGUUUGAUCUACAACAAAACUCUGGAUGCCAUCAAUGCUACGGGUCAUCUGCGGGGCUUUCUCAAGGGAUCCGUGUUAACUGAUCAACAACAGUCUCAACACCAUCAAAUUCUCUUUGGUUUCUAUUGCGUCAAGUGGCGUCGCAGUGGCAGCAAGGAAGAAAACGAAUCGAAAUUUGUUAUUAUGGGCAUGCCCAUACUCGAACCCCCACUUAAUGUUUAUUGUUCUAUGGAAGAGAAGAUGUUUGUUAAAAUGCCCAUAACAUUUAAAGUUGUCCUCAAGAAUCCCACGUCGAAAGUUCUGCAUCUAAUAGCAUCGCUUAGCAUAAGCAUAGCGGAUAAUUUCAUAUGUUCCGGUCAUAAACAGCUGGAUAUAUCGAUAUUUGCGUUUGGUGAAAAGGAACUUGUCUACAAUCUUUAUCCUUUGCAAGUGGGUUGGCAAAAUUUACCUGAACUAUCGUUAGUUUAUAAUACACAAGCAGACCCAACAAAGGAUGAGGCACAAAAUGUUCUACUCGGCGAAUUAGUACAACGAUCCAUACUUAAGAAAGUGUUCGUUUUGCCACCAUUAAAGCAACAAAUGAAAUGAAAUGUGUUGUUGUGUAGCGGGAUUUCCUGAAAGCUCUGCUGCUGAAUUUUGGUACUAAUUUAAUAAUAAUGUCUGUGUGUAGGUACAUGAUUCAGGAGCACGAUAUGCAUAGAAACCAAUACUGUGUAAACUUUUUUUUAAUAACUCGAUUUAAACUCGAGAGUGAAAGUAAGUGUAUGUAUACAUAUACCUAUAUUAAAGAAAGAAAAAACAAACA